UCCUGUUUACUUCCGGGUUACACAUCCGACGUGACAGCGACAACAAACUUGGCUAACUAUUAGCUUUUCUCUCAAAAUUCAAACAGCGUGUGUUGAUAACUGAGAGGAUAUGUACAGUUAAAUUUACAAUACGAUGUUUUGUGACCCAAAUCAACUCAAAAGAAUGCGUUUUUGGUAAAGAGGAGAUUUGCGGUUAAAGCGAAAUCCGCCUCACACCCGGAAUGGCUUCCUUUGGCUGGAAGAGGAAAGUCGGUGAGAAGGUGUCCAAGUCGGCAGCGCGGCAGUUCGAAGAGGCCGACAAGGCUGCAGACCCUGUCGCAGAGCAGGACGAGGAGGUGGACUGGUUACACGCCAUUAAACGCCGCCGGGAGAUUCUGAUAGAGGACUGUGCGACCAAGGGCAAGAGGCUGAAGGACGAGGGAACGCUGCUGGCCGAGCAAGGCAGGCACUGGGAGGCCAUCAAGAAGUGGGACGAGGCCAUUCAAUUGACGCCAGACGACCCACUGCUCUACGAGAUGAAAGCCCAGGUGCUGACCAUCCUCCAGGAGGUCUUCCCCGCCGUCAAGGCGGCAGAGACGGCAGCAAAACUGCGCCCCUUGUGGUGGGAGGGCUGGCAGACGCUGGGCCGUGCCCAGCUGAGUCUCGGGGAAGUGGACCUGGCGCUGAGGUCCUUCCAGGUGGCCGUCCACCUGUGUCCGUGGGAGCGCGCCUUGUGGCAGGAGGACCUGGCGUGGGUGCGGACCUUACACAAACAGAACACGGCCGCCAGGGAGAAGACCCAACGAGAGGAGGAGGCCAAGCAGCAGCUCCUCAACGUCCCCGAGCUCCAGCAGGACUUUGACUUUGAGUCCGACGAGGUCCUGGACGCCUGCGUGGCCGUCGCCGAGCGGCAGACGCGCUACGAGGAGAUGAGGGCCACCGCCGUGGUGGUGGACGCCGAGGGGAACGUCCAAAACGCGGAGGCGGACUGCGAGGGGGGGCGCGGGGACGUGGAGGCGGUCCCCUCGCUGAAGCGAUUUGUCAAAGCGAGAAUGUGAUGAGGUUUGGGUCAGGCGCUGCCACUUUGUGACAUGAAAACAUCAUCGUGGACAACCAUCGGAUUCUGCAAAUGCUUCACAAGCGACUGAUUUCCUAAUCGUCAGCACGUACUGCACGCUCUACAGGCCGCAUCAUUAGGUACACGUGCACCACUUAACAAGCUUUCACUAAGACAUUUAAUUGCGUUGCAUCUCCUAUUUUCACCCUCAUGUUGUUCAACUCGGUGGGCUAAAUAUUGGAAACAGUGCAGUCGCACAUGACUAUUGUGUGUAGCUGCUCUAUAGGCGUCCACUCCUCCAUACAAAGGGGUGAAAAUGACAUUUAAGUAGAAAAAAGGCUGCACUUUGGACACCCCUGGUAUAACGAGUAGUAUCGUAAAGUAUAAGGUUGAACUUCUGUUUAACAAACAAAACAAGGUUAUCAUGCUAAGUGAGAUAAACUACAGUAAACCUCGGAUAUAUCGGAUUCAAUUGUUCCCACUGGUUUUGUCCGAUAUAAGCGAAAUCCGUUAUAUGCAUGUACCGGAAAAUGUUUUGUCCGUUAUAGAAAGGCACUUCCUUGACUAUGUUUCCAAUGUACCUGGACGCGCAGGCAACGCUGCAAACGCUGCAAAUGAUGUCGUAUAGCGGCCUGUCACGAUUCGGCGAAUCGGAGCGCCACGAUGCGGCCAUCCGAUAUAUGCGAGGGAAAUUUAAUGGAAAUGCAUUGGAACGGGACGGGAGAUUUUGUCCGAAAUAGGCGAAAUCCGUUAUAAAAAAUCUGAUAUAUGCAAUGAAUUUUUAUUGGAAAUGCAUUACAGAAAAAUCGGUUCUUUUUUAUCUGUCCGUUGUGAGCGAAUUUCCGAUAUAUCCAAGUCCAAUAUAUCCGAGGUUUACUGUAGUAAUGUCAAUGAAAGCUUUGUAAGCGUGUAUGUAAGUAUGAGCUGCAAAUGCUCACACCCUUGUCCGGGACACGCCUGAAACUUUAGAGAAAAAAAAACAGGUUACAUAAUCCUAAUAAGAUAAAUGAAGGUCAUCUUUGUGUGCGUUUAGGGAGUGAGGAGUGAUCUGUCUUAAACACACACACACACAUUGUAUGGAAGAUAUGGGAUGCAAAGAGUUCCUAAGAUUGGACCAUUGGAGGUCAGGGUAGCUUUGUGAUGCUAUAAAGUUGAUCAAAUGUUUAUUCUGCUUCCUAUUCUUUUUCUGCUUAGAGGUUUUUGUUGCUGCUUUUUUUAAUGCUGGGAGCGUAUCAGAUAGGUAGAGCCCUCUCCAGUUACCUUUUUGAGAAGAAUGACAAUCUCUUUCACCCUCUAUAAUCCAGUCAGAACCCUGAAGACCAUGGCCGUGUACAAUGGCGUAUUGUUCUGGUUUUGGACUGCAUAGACCCAGGCACCGCUGGCAACAACGGAAGGAAGUAGCCGAUUAAGCCGACACUCCAGCUAUAUGACUCAAAUGAUGAUGACACUGAUCACUCCUAAACUUCAUUUGUAGCGUGACCUCAUUGCUCUGUCAUCAGAUCAAUGA